UCUUAUCAGGAAGAAAGGCUCCAGUUUACAGAAAGCUCUGUGGAAGCGUGGAGCCUGAACACCUACACGCGAGUAAACAGUGUGCCUGUCUCAUCUGCUGCUCUCUCUGCUGGUUUGUCAGUGCACUAUGCCUGAUGAUAUGGCGAGGCCUUUAAUCCGAGAAAGAGCUGGGGGCUCCAGACACCUUGAAGCCUCCAUGAUGACGCCCAGCACCCUGUUGAUUGGCAUCCUGGGCACCGGCGACUUCUCCCGCUCUCUGGCCAGAAGGCUGGUGGCCUCCGGCUAUCAGGUUGUGGUGGGCAGCCGAACCCCCGCGCGCUUCACGGCUCUGUUCCCCGAAGAGGCGGAGGUGACCUCGCAGAUGGAGGCUGCAAACCAAGCAGACUUGCUCUUUGUUGCCGUGUACCCUGAGCACCACUCUACAUUGGUCCACCUGAAGCCAGCACUAGCUGGAAAGACUCUCGUGGAUGUCAGCAACGGUUUGCAAAUCAAGCAAGAAGGGCCUUCCAAUGCCCAACAGCUGGCUGAUCUAUUUCCUGAGAGUUAUGUGGUCAAGGGGUUUAAUACCAUAUCGGCCUGGACGCUACAGGCAGGACCACGGGAUGGGAGCCGACAGGUUUUCCUCUGCAGUGAUGAUCAAAAUGCCAAGAGCUCUGUGAUGCAGCUUUGCCUCAGGAUGGGCUUCAUCCCUGUUGACAUGGGCCUCCUCUCCUCUUCACUAGAGAUCGAAAACCUCCCGCUGUAUCUGUUUCCAUCUUGGCGCGCUCCCAUCAUCUGCGCUCUGGCCCUCUUUGUCUUCUUCUACCUGUAUAACUCCGUCCGUGAUGUCUUGCAUCCCUAUGUGACUGCGAAGAAGAACAAUUUAUACAAGUUGCCCAUUGAGAUUGUGAAUAUCACUUUCCCAUGUGUCGCCUUGGUGAUGUUAUCACUGGUCUACCUGCCCGGUUUGAUUGCCGCCUUCCUCCAGCUGUGGUGGGGCACCAAGUACAACCGCUUUCCUAACUGGCUGGACCAUUGGUUGAUCCAGAGGAAGCAGUUUGGACUGUGCAGCUUCCUGUGUGCAGUUCUACAUGCGAUUUAUAGCCUGUGUCUUCCCAUGAGGAAGUCCGCCCGCUUCCAGCUGAUCAACAAGGCCUAUGAACAGGUGAAUGCUGGCCACCCAGAUUCGUGGGUUGGGGAGGAAGUUUGGAGGAUGGAGCUGUACCUGUCUGUGGGCAUCAUGGCUCUCGGGCUGCUCUCUCUGCUGGCUGUCACCUCGCUGCCCUCAGUGGCCAACACUGUCAACUGGAGGGAGUUCACCUUCGUUCAGUCCACACUCGGCUACUGCGCCUUAUCCAUGGCUACCCUCCACACCCUCAUCUUCGGCUGGAACCGCGCCUUCCUCUCGGCCCAGUACUACUUCUACAUGCCUCCCACCUUCCUCCUGGUCCUCAUUCUCCCCCUCGCGGUGCUGCUGGGCCGCGUGGCCCUCUUCCUGCCCUGCGUGGGCCACCGGCUCGGGCAGAUCCGCCGCGGCUGGGAGAAGAGCCGGCACAUCCGCUUCAUCCUGCCAGACGACGACUGCCGCAACGGGCUGGAGAAUAUCGAUGCACGUAGAUGCAGCAUCCAGGCCAGCGAGAUGCACGUCUGCUGCUGCCAUCUCGCUCAGGGGAAUCUCACCACGGCCUCUGACUUAUUCAGAUGUAAAAUGUCAGAUGUUUCUGCUGCUUUUUUUUUUCUCCCACUCUGAUGAAGUAAACACCAACACAGGCAGUAAUAUUUCAGUUAAGAAGCUGUAUUACAAUAUUUUACUGUCAUUCACUGUUUUACUGUUUAUCCAACUGGAGCUGGAUAAAUCUAAAUAAGAAAUUAUUUAUUUAAGCUUACUUCAUGUCAGGUGACAGUCCUGACACUAAACUAAGGUACAGCUAGCUUAUAUUGGGUAAGGUAAGAGGCCAUAGUUUAAAUGUAACCAAGCAUCGUGUGACAUUAAUACUUGUUACACACCAAACUGAUUGAAAAUAGUUUCUAUUGAAAAUAGAACUCAGAUUCAUUUUAAGUGGAUAUAUCUGCAUGUAGAAAGAAAUGCAAUUUCAGGUGUAUUGCUCUUUUAGGAAGCGUGGCACAAAAUGAAGUCUUUCACAUGUUCUAAAUAAUCUGUCAUACGGAGAAGGCGGAGCGGAAAUAUAAAAACGGAUUAAAAAGGAAGUUUUGACUCUUCAACCAAUUUUUUCUUCAUUAAAAAAACUCUCAAAACAACACCUUUGUACAUCAGCCCUACGUGCACUCUCAUUUUUCUGCUCUUGCCAGAGAUUUUCAUUUAUAUGCUGGAUGUGUUAAGUCUGUGUCUGUCAUCGUGACAACAUGAUGAUUUCAAGUGUUAAUUUAUAAAACAUGGAAUAAAGUUUUCUAUGACAGAGCGAGCUUUCACAUCUCUGGUGUUUGUCGUCGUUUUUGGAGUUCUUCAGAUUAGAUUAACUUCUGGAUUCAAAUAAACCAUCUUCAUGUUUUAAAUAUUACACUUAAUGCCACCAAAUCUGCACACACACACACACACACAGCCGAACAUGUCAUUUUGUGCUUGCUGCCAUCUUGUGGUGACUUUUUCUAUUGUCUUGCACGACUUGUCCUUUGGAUUUUUUUCCCCCACUUCAUGGCCUCCUCAGUCAACAGAUCCCAGUCCAGUAGAGGAUAUUUGGGAUGUAGUGGAGAGGGAGAGUCACAUCAUAAACAACCUGCUGACAGAGUAAUGUUUUCAGCUCCUUGUUGAAUCUGUGCCACAAAGAAUCAAGCCAGUGCUGAUGGCAACAGGGAGUCUAACCAUGCAACAG